AUGGCGACAGAUUAUACUCCCCCUCUCACAUGCCUCGCCGAUCUCUUGUCCCUCUUACCACAACAUCUCGAACGUCUCUUGAGAGCCCCCAUUUCGUUUGAUUGUGCGAACCAGGCCCGGUUCGUUCUGGCAACGGUUCUCCUUCUCUACAACCUCGAACUCCUGUCGGCCAAGACGACGCAAUGGCGACUACACAUCCAAGGUGCUCGGGCGAUCAUACAAUGGAAGCUUCAGGCUAUUGGACUCCACCGACCUGACGUCGCGGAUAAUUUCCUCCGUUACGAAUACUACUUCACCGCCGUCUUCAACGGCUUGACCACGUUUGAUGCAACCUACGAGGUCAUUGACGAUAUCCCCAUCAACGACAAGAUCGCUGUCUUUGGUGACUUUGUCCGGAUCAUGCACUGCGUGACCCGAGCCGAGCGAAUCAACUUCAGUGGCCGUUCCACUACCGACACGACCCGAGUGGAAGACGUCGUGGGCGAAAUAGGAACGGCGAGAGACCGAGCGCUCCAACUCAAUCAGAUCAUGCGGUUCCAUUAUCCCGACGCGCGGCAUUAUUUCGAACACCUGACGCACAUGUAUUACCAUGCGAGCUUGAUCUACAGUCACCGCGUGCUCGCCGAUCCCGCUGCGUCCCAGGAUCUCAUCCGGGCUUCUCGAGAUGCUAUUCUCGAUCACUUAUCGCAUCUCCAGGACCUGGCAUAUUUCGCCCACGACCUGGUGUGGCCACUCUUUGUGUGUGGGACAGAGUGUCGGGGUUUCCCAGAGAAGCAGGAUACCAUCGAACGGGCACUUUUAGGGGUGAUACGACUCACCGGCAGUCUUGAUCGACGGCGAGUCUUGUCAUUUUUAAGGAUGUUUUGGCAGCUGGACUGCGAAGAUGGUGAGAUUUCAUCCCAACGUGGACGGCCGCUUCCGAGAUAA